AUGGCGCAAAGAGAGCUACCCAAGGACAUCAGGCAAGUGGCACGUGGACGAUCUACCCAUCUAUGGAACGAGAGCCACACUAAACGUCUGGAGCCCAGUCGUGGAGUUAUGGGACUACUUCAGUUUGGCACAAAUUUCGGUCACGUCCGGAAGUUACGAAAACAACGACCUCAACACGCUUGA